AUGGCUUUGAAGGGAUUUUUCGGCGUUGUAGCGCUGGGCCUCCUCAUACCCUUCUUGUAUGAGCGCUCUGCCGUUCUCUCAUUCUUCUAUACAAACACGCCUGCUCGGCUCCACCGGACCAACUCUCUCGGCAAAUAUGAGAUCAAGUUUGAAGACCGCAUGAGGAGCUGCGAGGAUGUUUUUCUCCUCGAAGAACAUCACCUAGCCAUCAUUGCCUGUGAUGCCGGCAGGGAGCGAUGGAACACGGUCAUGGGCGUGUUCCUUGAAGGAGAAGUUGCCAACGCUGACCUCUGGGCUUACGACUACGAAAGUGCAUCCAAACCAGAUGCCGAGUCUCUGACCCGUAUCAAGCUCACAGACUUUGCCUCUGCUCAAGACUUCCACACGUUGGGGCUCGCGUAUCAUCAAAAGACAUCUACGCUCUAUGUGACGAACCAUGCCAAGGCAGGCCCUCGAAUUGAGUUGUUCAAGCUGGAUAUCGCGUCCUUGACGGCAAAGCACAUCCGCACAAUCGAGCAUCCUCUCAUCCACGCCCCCAAUGCCAUCGCCUUGAUCAACGAGAAGGAGUUCUAUGUCACAAAUGCCCACUACUUCACCAGGGCACAAUCCAAAUUCCUAAGCCUCCUGGAAACUUACCUAGCCCUGCCUCUUGGUCCCGUUGUCCACGUGAGCCUCGAGAACCCUGAGGUUGAGGCAACCGUCGUCGCCCGAGUCCCUUUCGCAAAUGGUAUUGAAGUGCUCAACAGCUCGACCGUGGCCGUUUCUUCCACUUCUUCGGGAACUGUUUUUCUAUUCAACACACCAGACAAGCUGACAUUUGAGAACCCUACCAAAAUUCGUGUUCCAUUCCUCCCCGACAACCUCUCUUGGGCUAAUGGCAAACUUCUUAUCGCCGGUCACCCGUUUGUGCCGGCAUGCAACAAAUUUGCCGAGACGCGACAUAUCUGCAAUGAUCCGAGCGAACUCGAGGCUGCAUCACCAGAGAUGAAGGAGUACUGUGCCAAGGGCGAAGCGACUUCUGCUGUUGCGGAGUGGAGCGAGGAGGGCGGCUUGAAGAUUCUCUACUCCAGCACAGAGUAUCCUACAAGCACGACGGCCGUGAAGGACGCAAAGAGAGGCGUCGGCAUCAUUACGGGACUGUACGCCAACGGCAUCCUGGUCUGGCGGGAGAAGGAAUAG